AGCGACGAGAGAUAGAGAAAUCAGCCGUCGCGAUCUCUAAAAAUCCGGGAUCCCGGCGGCGAGUCGUCGGCCGCGGCGUUACGUUUGACGAGGCCGACUCUGCGUAGACCGCCGUAAUCGUUUCUUCUUCCACGGUCGGAGCUACACGCCAGCACGGGAAUCAACGGACCCUACACCGCCACCCGACCACCACCACCUGACCCCACCAAUCAUGACAAUUUCGGUUCAUAACAAUUAUUAUUGUAAUCGCAACGAUGUGAUAAACACACACACACACACACACACGUCUCUGUGAUUUCGUAACGUUAUACGUAUACGUGGAUUACACACACACACAUAUAUAUAUAUAUAUAUUUAUAGUAUGUGCUCAUACACGAUACAUAUGUAUUAAAAUGUGUGCGUAUGUGUGCGCGCGCGCGCGCGUGUGUGUUCGUACUUCCAUAAUCGAUUGUUAACGCGAAUAAUUUUUCUACUAUUCCAUAGAAUUAUUAUUGUUGUUGUUGUUGUUGUUGUCGUCCGUCGCCUUUGUCGUGCCGUUUUCGCCGUUGAUGUUUGACGUCUAAGUGUAACGUCACAGUCGUGUCCGCGUCGGCGGACGCGCGACAGCCCACCCGUCAAAGUACAGCCGACUAAAAUGGCCCAAGCCCGAACGCGUUGAUCGUCACCGGGCUCGACGAGACGAGUGUGGCGCGUCGAAAACACCGUUGGUGUUUGCGUGCGUUUGCAUAGCAUGACAUAUAUCAACAACGCAAUCAUGUUGAUAGAAGAAGAAGUCGCCGGCAACAUGUCGAACAAACACAACAGCAAGGUUCAAGACAAAAAUAUAUGGAAAUCGUUGCGGACGCACAUUUUGUCUCGUCGCGAGAAGAACAAACAAGCUGAAGUUGAUGCUGAAGUGCUAAGAAAAAAAAAAUGUGUAGAGUAUCAAAAAAUGCAAGAAAACAAAUUGUCAUUAGCACAGAUCAAUGGACGUUUAAUUCAACUACGAGACAAACGUGAUGAACUUGAAGAAGAAAAACGUGCACUCUUAAAUCAGUCACAAGCUACUGAUGAUAGUAUGGCAACUGCUUUAGUUGUGCCUAAAACUGAAUCUAAUUGUGAGCCUAUUAACAAUAAGACUGUAGUGACCAACAAUAUCAAUAAUUCUGUUGUUACAAAUCAUCGGUCGACCCCUUUACUUCAACAACAACAACAACAACAUAUAUUUAGACAACAGACUACAGUAGUUAAUGCACAAUCUGGUGCAGGAUCUCCUGCUGCGGGUAGCGGAUUAAGCCCAUUGGCGCAACAGCCUUUGAUUAUGCACAAUUCCAGUACCAGUAACGCUGGAAGUAGUAACCAAACAUUAUUAGUUUGUUCGCCAGCCACAAUAAAUGCUGCUGCAAACAAUCAGAACAAUAAUGUGACUCGUCCUACUAUGUCAUUACCAGCUUCUUUAUCUAGUACAAUGAGUUUUACAAAAUUUCCGCCGCUGUAUAGCAGUAGUACCACUCAUUUAUUAGCGCCGAAUGUUGGAACCAGUAACAAAAUGGGUAGAACACCAUCUCCGCAACCCCAAACUAUACAGCAACAAAACUAUCAACAGCCACAAAUUGUUGUACCUUUCCCUCCAUAUAAGCCAAUAAAUAAUAGUGGUAGCACCACUAGUAAUUUAAAUUCUACUGCUCCAGUUUCCGUUGUAAAUAGCAUAAAUCAGUCUUUGGCUACUGGAACCAAUAGUAACUAUCCUAUUGAAAACUCAAAUAGACGUGGAAAUAGAGAAGACACUACACAGUCAUUUAAUAGAAAUGUUUGGAUUAACAACAACUGCAACAAUACUAAUAAAAACACACAGCCAAAUGUCAGUAAUUAUGGAUCAUUUUAUCAAUCGAAUUCUACUACUGCAGUUAAUUAUUGUGUCAAUAAUGGCAUGUUGUCUUCAGCUCCAUCACUAUCUUCAGUAAAUACAGUAUAUAGUUAUUCUGGGCCACCACCGCCACCACCUCCACCACCACCACGAACAGAAUCGUCCAACAGUGGCAAUUUAAUCGUGAGUACAGCUGGUGAUCAUGGAGCUCAACAAAUACCAAAACCUCUUUCUUCUCAUCAACACCAUCAACCUCAUCAUCAUGCACACUCCCAUCCACCUAUGUACAUGAGCCCAGGCAUUCGAAACCAAACUAGUAAUCACACAUAUCACCCAAAACCACCUCAUAAUGUCUAUCCAGAUGAUAAGUUGGCACCUCCUCCAGCAUCUAGUUUUUAUCAACAACAAGGCAGUAGAAAUAUUCAUUUAUCAAAUACUACGACUGUUACGUCACAACCACAUCAGAUGAAUCAAAAACCACACAAUGUUGGUUAUCCUAUGCGACAUCCGACAGCUGCAUCUCCAGCUUCUCAACUAUCUCCAGCAAUUAUUCAGUCGUCUCAACAACACGCCUCAUAUACUGUUCCGACAAGUUCAGUCACAGGGUAUUCAAAUAAACCGCCUGCCACUGUUGCUUCAACUACCGAUAUUCCUAGAUAUCAACAACCAUCACAAACGCCAAUGUCUAGACAUGAAUAA